AUGAUUGGACAAUUUUGUGUUGGUUUCUACUCUGCUUACUUGGUUGCUGAUAAGGUGGUAGUGAUCUCCAAAGCUGUUGGUGAAUAAUAAUACAGAUGGGAAUCAUAGGCUGGUGGAACAUUCUUUGUCUAUGAUGAUGCUGAAAAUCCAGUCUAAUUGACAAGAGGUUCAAUAAUCAUCUUACACAUGAAGUAAGAUAACUUAGAAUUCUUGGAAGAAAAGAGAAUUAAGGAUUUGGUUAAGAAACACUCAGAAUUCAUUGGAUUCCCAAUUGAAUUAUAAAUUGAAAAGACAACAGAGAAGGAAGUCAGUGAUGAUGAAGAUGAAAAUAAGGAAAAGAAGGCUGAAGAAGGUGAAGUCUAAGAAGAGAAGGAUAAGGCUGAAAAGAAGAAGAAGAAGAUCAAGGAAGUCAGUACCGAAUUCGAAUAAGUUAACAAGAAUAAGCCAUUAUGGAUGAAGAAACCAGAAGAAAUCACCAAGGAAGAAUAUGCUAAUUUCUACAAAUAAUUGACCAACGAUUGGGAAGAACAUUUGACAGUCAAAUAAUUCUCAGUUGAAGGAGGUUUGGAAUUCAAGGCUGUCCUCUUCAUUCCAAAGAGAGCACCAUUCGAUUUGUUCGAAACAAAGAAGAAGAAGAACAACAUCAAAUUGUAUGUCAGAAGAGUUUUCAUUAUGGAUGAUUGUGAAGAAUUGAUCCCAGAAUAUUUGGGAUUCGUUAAGGGAGUUGUUGAUUCUGAAGAUUUACCCUUGAAUAUUUCAAGAGAAUUCUUGUAACACAACAAGAUCUUGAAAGUCAUCAAGAAGAACAUCACCAAGAAAUGCAUCGAAAUGAUCACAGAAAUCAGUGAAAAUGCUGAAGAUUACAAGAAAUUCUAUGAACAAUUCUCAAAGAAUCUCAAAUUAGGUAUCCAUGAAGAUUCAGCCAACAGAACCAAAUUGAGUGAAUUCCUCAGAUUCCACACAUCAAAGAGUGGUGAAGAAUAAAUCUCACUCAAGGACUAUAUUGGAAAAAUGAAGGAAGGAUAAAAGGAUAUCUUCUUCAUUACAGGAGAAUCCAAAGCCUCAGUUGCUGCAUCACCAUUUGUUGAAGCCUUGAAGAAGAAAGAUUAUGAAGUCCUCUAUAUGAUUGACCCAAUUGAUGAAUAUAUGUUCGAUGGAAAGAAAUUAAAGAAUUGCACAAAGGAAGGCUUAGACUUAGAUUAAACUGAAGAUGAGAAGAAGAAAUUUGAAGAAUAAAAGUCUGCAUUUGAAGGAUUAUGCAAAUUGGUCAAGGAAAUCUUGGGAGACAAGGUUGAAAAGGUCUAAUUAGGAUAAAGACUCGACUAAUCACCAUGUGUAUUGGUCACUGGUGAAUAUGGAUGGUCUGCCAAUAUGGAAAGAAUCAUGAAAGCUUAAGCUUUGAGAGAUCCAUCAAUGAGCAGCUAUAUGAUGUCAAAGAAGACCUUAGAAAUCAAUGCCAAUCAUCCAAUCCUUACUGAAUUAAAGAAGAAAUCAGAUAAGGACAAGAGUGACAAGACAGUCAAAGAUCUCAUCUGGUUACUCUAUGAAACUGCUCUUCUCACUUCAGGAUUCAGUCUUGAUGACCCAACUCACUUUGCCAAUAGAAUCCACAAGAUGAUUAAACUCGGUUUAUCAAUUGAUGAUGCUGGUAUUGAAGAAGAAGAUGAAAAACUUCCAUAAUUAGAGAAAAAGGAAGAUGCCAACACCGAAGCCACCAAAUCAAAGAUGGAAGAAGUUGAUUGAUUUAUGUUCAUUGUAUGUUUUAAAUUAUGCAAAUUUUAUUAAAAACAUUAAUUUUC